AUGAGAGUAGAGCGAAUAAUCAAUGACACAAAUGAUGAGUUUCCCAUUGGCAUUCGAGUUUUAGCUGUUGAUGAUGAUCCAACUUGUCUUUUGCUGCUCGAGACUCUGCUUCGUCGAUGCAAAUACAAUGUUACCACAACAAAUCAAGCUAUUACAGCAUUGAAAUUGUUGAGGCAAAACAAGUUUGAUUUAGUGAUUAGUGAUGUUCAUAUGCCCGACAUGGAUGGUUUUAAGUUACUUGAGCUUGUCGGACUCGAGAUGGACUUGCCUGUCAUAAUGUUGUCUGCAAAUGGUGAUACCAAUGUUGUCAUGAAAGGGAUUACUCAUGGAGCUUGUGAUUAUUUGCUGAAACCUGUUCGAAUCGAAGAGUUAAACAAUAUAUGGCAACAUGUAGUCAGGAGGAAGAGGUUCGAGAGGAAAGAUCGGUAUAAUUCCGAUAGCCAAGACAAGCUUCGUGCCGAUAGCGGUGAGGCUGUAGGGAUGGGAAGCAUUGGUAACAAUGGGAAGUUAAAGAAAAAGCGGAAAGAUCAAGACGAGGACGAGGAGAGGGAUGAGAAUGGGCACCAUAACAACGAGGAUCCAUCGUUUCGAAAAAAAUCUCGUGUUGUUUGGUCAGCGGAGUUGCACAGUAAAUUCGUUGCAGCGGUUAAUCAGUUGGGCAUGAAGAAUGCUACUCCUAAAAAGAUCCUGGAAUUGAUGAAUGUCCAAAAGCUUACCACACAAAAUGUUGGCAGCCAUCUGCAGAAAUUUAGGCUUUACCUGAAAAGAAUCAGCUGUGCGGCAAACCAAGAAGUGAACAUUGCAGCCACUGUACGGAUGAGGUCUCCGAAUGGACUAGGGAAUUUUCAUACCUUGGCCGGAUCUAAUCAGCUUCAUAAUGCAGCCUUUAGAUCUUUCCCACCUAGGGGUGUGCUUAGAAGAUUGAACACACAUGCUGGGCUACUUAUACGCGACCUUCCAUCUCCUGGAACUAUUCGAUCAGGUCAUGGGCAAAGCUCGGUUAAUUCCGGUAAUGAUCAGUGCAAGUUGCAAUCUUUUGUUUCUGGAAUCCAUAAUGCUAACAUUCUACAAGGCCUGCCUAUGUCACUAGAACUUGAUCAAGUACAAACAAACAAUGGUGUUAGCCACAUUGGAGAGCUGCAGAUUGCUGAUAGUACAACUGUUUUCCCCGUUUCUAGCAGUUUAAUAGAUGCAACAAUAACCGGAUUCUCCGGUAAUCCACUUCUUGGUGUUACAAGCAACUCUUUGAUGUUAGAAGCAAGCUCUCAGCAAGCCGGUAAUUCAAGAGAUAUUGUUCCUGCAAUAGGCUUCCGAAACGGGAAUACUUUAUCGGACCUUGCUCCCAUAGCUCCGGCUUCUAAUCGGGAAUCAAAUGCAGAUUUACAACGUGAACCAAUCCCGAUCAACUGUAAUGCCAGGGAAUUAAUCACAAGUGCUCCUCAAGAAUGGAAUUCCCCCUACCAAUCAAAUGUUACACCUUGCUCAAUGAACUCUUCAAUCCCUGUUAGUGGUACUAUGGUUCAGUUUGGCCUGUGCUUGGACCAAAAUAACUCGAUGGACUCAGAUUCUAUCGGACCGUCGAGUUUCAUCGACAACUCAGCUAUGGAACAAUCAAUUAUUGACAAGGAAGGGUACCUAAUGUUGGAAAUAUGGGGACAGGGGAGUCACAUACCUUAUAACAUUGGUUUAUUGGAAGAUCUCUGGGAAUUGCAAUGA